AUGCAUGACUUACUAGAGGGUGUUUGUAAUUAUGAUUUAACAGGUAUUUUAAGGCUCUUUAUAAUUGAUUUUAAAUAUUUUAGUUUAGAGACACUAAAUCAAAGGAUACAGUAUUUUGGGUAUGGUCCUACCGACAUUAGAAAUAGACCUCAGGCAAUUUCGGAAAAUAAUUUAAAAAAUAAAAAGCCACUAAUGUUAAAGACUACUGCUAGUGAAAUGUGGUGCUUAACUAGAUAUCUAGGUCUGUUAAUAGGAGAUAUGGUGCCUAGAAAUUCAGAAAUCUGGGAAUUAUAUAUUGUAUUAAAUAAAAUGUUAAGUAUAGCAACAUCAAAUAGUGUUGGACCUGAAUGUCCAUUUAUAUUAAAAAACUUAAUUGAUGAACAUCAUCAAUUGUACACAAAAUUGUUAAAAACAAAUUUAAAGCCUAAGCACCAUCACCUAUUGCACUAUCCCUCUAUAAUGGAAAGAGUAGGUCCAUUGAUAAAUAUUUGGUCAAUGCGUUUUGAGGCUAAGCACAAGGAAUCAAAAGUGGCUGCACAAGCUAUAACCAGCAGAAAAAAUAUCUGUUACACUUUAUUUUUGAAAAACCAACUCAAAGUGGCUCAUCGAGUAGCCAACAGUAUUAAUUUUGAUCCAUCCGCUCUAUUUAAGGUUGGUAAAACAGUUUUUAUUUCUGAGGAGGAACUAAAAAAUAUUUCUAGUGUCUUGAAUGAUGUUAGUGGUUAUACAUUUAUUUCAUGGGUUAAUGUAAAUGGUACUCAUUAUUCUACUAACAAUAUGUGUGUUUUUAUAUCAAUAAAUAGAGAAACUAGUUUACCAGUGUAUGGAUUAAUAAAGCAUAUUUAUAUUUUACCAGACAUGAUUCCUGUAGCUAUUUGCUCUUUAUUUUGUACAAAUAGUUUUGACGAUCAUUAUCAGUCAUAUGUUGUAAAUAAUACUAAAGAAAUUGUAAAAAUUAAAAUAACCGAAUUACCAUAUAAAAAACCAACUAGUUAUCAUAUUCACCCGGAUGGUUUAUUAUAUUAUAUUACAUAA